AUGGGCAUCGUGUCAGCCGCGGAGCGUAUUUCGCAGGGGGAGCGGCCUGUCUCGUUUGCAUUAGCGGUGAUUGUCGCCCGCAGCCCGCGGCUGGUUAUCUUCGGCCUAUUACGCCGGCUGAGCGCCGCCAGGAAGCGGGCCGUAUUGAUCGGCGCGCCGCCCAUUAAGAUGCGCCGAGUAGCGCCACGUCCUUCACACUCGGCAAUUAGUAGGCCGGCCCGCCCCGGGGUUCGCGGCGGCGCCACACACAGAAAGUCAAUUACCGGCGGCGGCGCGCGCGGCCGGGCCCCGUACAGACACCGCGGCGCGCAGGGCUGCGCUCACAUCGGCCGGCCAGCGGGAUGGGGCGAGAAGGCGCGGGCGAUGCAGGCGGCGCAGCGCCAGCUGGAGUUCAGCGACGCGGCCAUCGCCGGCGUGCAGCGCAAGAUGCAGGACGACGUGCUGCAGCUCGAGUUCGAGGAGCGCACCGCCAGGCGGCAGCUCAUGACCGAGGCGAGGGCCAAAGUGCAGAGCGGGCUGCGCGCCGCCGAGGUGGCGCUUCAGCAGCGCCGCGACAGGUUGCGUGACAUGCUGCAAAAGGAGGACUCGGCGCUGACGGCAGAGUGUGUGGACCGCAUGCUGCGAGCUGACGGGGACAAGCUGGAGCAGAUGCGCGCCCGGGUCGCCCAGGACCGCGCGCGGCGCGACGCGGAGGCGCGCCAGCUGGCGGAGGCGAAGCGGCUGCAGCAGUACCGGCUGCGCAUCGACGAGCUGCGCGGGCACCGGUCGCGGCUGCUGGCGCAGGAGGCGGUCAAGGGGCAGCUGUGCCAGAUAGAGGAGCGCCAGCGGCUGCGGCAGCUCGAGAGGGAGGAGGCGCGCUUCUGGGACGAGGUCAUGCGCAAGGAGGUCCAGGCCAAGAUGGCUCGAGAAGAGCAGGACGCCCGUGAGAAGGCGGACCGCGACCGGGAGAUGCGGGAGACGCUGGACAAGCAGGUGGCGGGGCUGGCCAGGCAGCGCGAGGAGGAGCAGCGGCUGCGCCAGGAGCAGAUGCGCCACAACGAGCACGUGCUGCAGCAGCUCAAGCUGGAGCAGCAGGGCCUGGCGGAGGAGCUGGAGAAGCGGCGCGCGCAGCUGGCGGCCGAGCUGCAGGAGCAGAUCGCCGUCAGGCACCGCUUCCUGGACGAGGCGAAGCGGCAGGAGGACGUCGUGGACCAGACGUUCGCCCGGCUGACGGAGGAGGCCCUCCGCAGGGAGAAGGGGCAGCAGCUCGACCUCUCGUCGUCGCUGCGUCGUGAGCAACAGCUGUUCCGCGAGAACCUGGAGGAGAUGCGCAGGAAGAAGAUGGAGGAGGAGCGCGAGCUGGACCGCUUGCUGGCCGAGGAGCAGGAGAAGCUGCGCUUGCGGCAGGACGCGAUGCGCGCCAAGGCGAGGGCGGCCAGGGAGCAGCUCAUGGAGGGCGUGCUGAGCGAGAGGGCGCAGCAGCUGGAGCAUCGGCAGCGCCAGCGGCAGCUGGAGGCGGAGCAGCAGCGCGCCGAGCGGGAGCUGGCGGAGCAGCUGCGGCGCGGCCACGAGGCCCUCACCCUGGAGCACCAGCGCCGGCGCGCCGAGCUGCAGCGCCAGUACGGCCGCGAGCUGCGCCAGCAGGCGGAGGUCGCCCGCCGGCUGCGGGAGGCGGAGCGUGCGGAGGUGGAGCGGCAGUGGCAGCAGGGCCUCCUGGAGGAGGAGGCGUACCUGCGGAAGGUGCAGGAGCUGCUGGCGCUGGGCACCUCCGAGGCCGACUACCCGAACCACCCCUUCCUGUCCGUCAUAGAGGGGCAGGCGCUGGCGCAACCACCAGGCGCCGGAGACCAGGUCCCGCCCUAG